AUGUAUGCCCUGCGCCGUAUAUUCGGCGCAUCCGGUCACCGUCUUUUGCGUAACCAUGGCAUACAAGAUGUGUGUUUUGUGGCCAUAGGACGAGCAAAUUACUGCGGUAUUGUUAAACCAUACGGUAUCAGCGUAGAUACUCAACGAAUUUUAUGCCGUUAUAAGCGUUCUAUAUGGAAUACUCAUACAUUUUCAAGCAAGGAUCCAGAUGGGUUUGGCAAGUUUACUAAACGUGAUGGCACAUCAGAGCCCAAGUCAUCUAAGGAGGCUACUGAUAGUACCAAUAGUUCCACUAAAGGUAAAGAAACGGAUCGCGGUGGUCGUUCAGAGUCUCAAGAUCCGAAAGAGCCUAAAAAUGAGGAUGAACGCAAGUUGCUUAGUCGGUUAAUGGAACCUUACACAUUGAUAUUACUGGGUAUAGGAACCGUUUUAUUUCUCGAUGUCCUGGACAGUGGCGGUUUACGUAACGAGAUAACACUGCAAGAGUUUCUUGGGAAGUAUCUGAUGCGCGGUCUAGUGGAACGAAUCCAAAUCGUUAACAAAGAUUUCUGCAGAUGCUCAAUCGUCAAUGGUGCCGAUUAUAAGCUACCACGUAUUGUUAGCUUUCGUAUAGGUUCACUUGAGGCCUUUGAGCAGAAAUUAGAUGAUAUCCAGGCAUCCAUGGGAUUGCAUCCGCAAGAUUAUAUAGGCGUGCAAUAUGUGAACGAGGUGAACAUUAUCGGUGAAUUGAAGCGUUACAUACCAUUUAUGGUGGCUAUGUUACUACUAGGUAUCGGUUUACGUAAGCUUACAGUACGUAGUACCGGUGGCAUGGACCGUUUCUUUCGUAUGGGCAAGAUGAACGUUGUGGAUGCUAAGGAUAUAAAGGUCGAUGUUCGUUUUAAGGACGUUGCGGGUAUGCAUGAAGCUAAGCGUGAGAUUAGCGAAUUUGUGGAUUUUCUAAAAAACCCUAAAGCAUACGAACACUACGGUGCAAAGAUACCGAAAGGGGCGUUGUUAUGUGGAGCACCUGGUACAGGUAAAACUCUAUUGGCUAAAGCUGUUGCCGGCGAGGCAAAUGUACCAUUUUAUUCCAUAUCUGGAAGCGACUUUAUCGAAGUGUUUGUUGGUGUAGGCCCGUCACGUGUCCGCGACCUCUUCGAGAAAGCAAGGAAGAACGCACCAGCAAUAGUGUUUAUUGACGAGAUUGAUGCUGUAGGCAAGAAGCGCGCGAAAGGUGGUUUUUCAGCAGGUGCUAAUGACGAGCGUGAGAACACGCUUAAUCAGAUAUUAGUGGAGAUGGAUGGGUUCAAGACAAGUAGCGGUGUAAUUGUGCUUGCCGGUACUAACCGGGCUGAUAUCCUUGAUCCAGCAUUGGUACGUCCAGGGCGCUUUGAUCGUACAAUUACAAUAAAUCGUCCUGAUUUGGAUGAGCGUUUUGAGAUUUUUAAAGUACAUUUAGCUCCAUUGAAGCUCCAUAAAUCGCUUGACAUGGACGAUGUAGCGCGUCAUUUAGCGGCCCUGACUCCUAACUUUGUCGGCGCUGAGAUUGCAAAUGUGUCAAAUGAAGCUGCUAUUCAAGCUGUACGACGUAAAAGUACCGAUGGAGUUUCACUUGUGGAUUUUGAUGCUGCCAUUGAGCGUGUAAUGGCUGGUUUACGUAGAUCUAAUGCCCUGCUAUCUCCAGCUCAGAAAUUAGCUGUAGCCUACCAUGAGGUGGGCCACGCCUUGGUUGGCUGGUGGCUUGAGCAUGCUGACCCCGUGUUAAAGGUAUCUAUUAUCCCUCGCAGUAACGGUGCAUUGGGGUUUUCUCAGCAAUUACCUGAUGAGGCUAUGUUGUUUAGUCGAGAGGCUCUUUUGGACAAGGUUGCCGUGAUGUUAGGUGGUCGGGCUGCUGAGGACAUUUUUAUCGGCCGUAUAACUACUGGUGCUACUGAUGAUUUGAAUAAGGUAACACGUAUGUGUUAUGCUUUUGUAUCACAAUGGGGUAUGAACCCAUCUUUAGGUCUUGUAUCGUAUCAGCGUGAUUCUGGUGAUGAGCCGGAUUUUUAUCGCACAUAUUCAGAGACCACUGCACAACUGAUCGACAAUGAGGUUCGAACUAUGAUAGAGAGUCAGUAUUCUCGUGUUCAGAGUUUAUUGCGUGAGAAGGCUGACCUGGUUCACAAGCUUUCUAAGCUGUUAUACCAGCGUGAGACCAUAACCUACCACGACAUCGCUUCUUGUGUUGGCGAGCGUGAGUUCCCUGUGCAAGAGAAGUUGCGACCGUAUGUAUUGAGCGGUAUGGAGGGUGAAAGCGAUCCCCUAAAAUUACCAGGUAGUGGCGAGGGUAGCGCCUUAAACGAUAGCUCGGUAUUGUCCGAGCCCGGGAAGGUCACGGGCGCCAUGGGCAAAGCUACGGUGGCUGCCGAAAGUUCUCCUGCGGAAGAUGUUCCGCCUAUGGAGCCCGUGACUGUGGAAUAUUGUCCACGUUGCGGUAUGCCGUUUGACUUUUGUGACUUUGGUGAUAAAUGGGAGACUGGUGAAUGCCGUGCCGAGUGUUCUCGAAGGUAUCCUGAGAUCUUUGGUACCGCCGAGGAGGUAGCGGAACAGCUUCUUAAAAUAUCGAUUUCACCGCCACCAGCACCUCGUAAAAAGAAACCUGAAGUAAGACAAGAGGUCACAGUGCAACGUAGUACCCGUUCUAAACGUAAGAUCGUUACUACAGUCACGGGUUUACAUCUCUUUGGCGUGAAAUUGGAAGUCGCAGCAAAGUUAUUUGCGAAGCAAUUCGCCUCAGGAGCGGGUGUUGUUAAGGGUGUCCCGGGACAGAUGGAUCAUAUCGAUUGUCAGGGUGAUGUUGAAGACCAAGUUAUCGAUUUGAUAUUGGCACAAUACCCUGAUAUAACAGAGGACAACAUUGUUAGGUUGCCAUCUAAAAUCAAGUGA